AUGUCUCAUGGCAAACAACUUCUUCGGGAUGAGAACGGACCAUCGGUGGCUCCAGGACUUUUGAGAUUCAGAGAAUCAGGUGUUAAUAUAUCUUCAAGCAAUAAGUUGAUUGUCCUUAAACUCGCUCUAAAGCUUCCCACAGCUUCGAAUCCGAAGGAGCACGUUGUUGUUGUUGAAGAAGUGGAAUCCCACCAGCGCCACGGAAAACUCCGACUUCCCUCUACCCACGUAAUGCAUACAUCCCAGCAAACGCUUCCGAGCCGUACACCACAGCCGUACACCACAGAGAUACCAUCAAGUGAUGAAGUGAAGCAUCAAGUGAAACGGGCACUCGAAAAGCACGACUAUUGGCUGAGCUCGGCAGAACGGAACCCGCGCGAAAGGGCUUGUAGAUCAAAAAUUCAGGAUUUAAAUUAA